AUGCAAGGUGAUAUCAGGAGAAAAAAAGAUCUUUUACCUCGUUAUAAAACAGGAAGCAAGUACAAUUCUAGGAGGAAGGGCGGUUUCCUGACCACCCCGAUGAAGAAGAUUAUGAUAUACAUUUUACUGCUAUGUGGUGUGUAUUAUGUUGUACAACUUUCCUCUUCCGAUUCAAAAAAAGAAACCAUCAUCGAGUUGGAAAGUCAUUCCUCUGAUACAUCUACAAGUAAUAGCGAGCAUAGUAACGUUGCAGCGGGAGGUGCAAAUGAUGCGAACAAUAAGCAGCAACAGCAAGCUAAAGUACCCAAGGAAAAGUUUAAUAACGAAGUCGCCAAGCAACAAGAAGUAAAGAAUCUAGAAAAUGACUUAAAACCCCAGGUUGGUUCAGAAAAGCAAAAGCAAAUUAACAAAGACAAGAAGGAGCAAAAGCAGCAACUCCAAAAAGAAAAACAAGAUCUGGCCAAAGAAAAAUCCGCCAAUAACGAAAUACUCGAUAAUUAA